GAACUCCACGCUCCCCACUCAUCUCUUGCACAACAUCUUGAUUUACGGUUCUUCUGGGUCUGGAGCGAGCCUUUAAAAAGGGCCCUGCUGCUGGUUUGGAGUUUAUUCGGUCGACAUCAUGGUGUCAGACAAACAGCUACUUGUGGGCGCCGCACUUUUCCUUGCGGCCCUCGUCUCUCCGGGUGAGGGGAUAAUCGGGGGCAGAGAGGCAGCGGCUCACUCCCGGCCCUACAUGGCCUCCAUCCAGGCCCCGGAGGGGGAGAACCUGAAGCACCAGUGCGGGGGGUUUGUGAUCGCGGAUCAGUGGGUGAUGACGGCCGUGCACUGCAUGCCGAACGGAGCGAACGGCAGGAAGGUGGUCCUGGGGGCUCAUUCUCUGAGUGAACCCGAAGACACRAAACAAACCUUCGACAUUUUGGAGUUACACAAUCAUCCUGACUACAACAGCAUAAAUUACGAUAACGACAUCGCUUUGAUUAAGCUGGAUCGUCCCUUUAACGCCUCAGACGCCGUUGCAGCAGYGAGUUUCCUGCGAGACGGUGGUACAAACCCUGGUUUGGGGGCAGAGGUUGAGACGACCGGCUGGGGGUCCUUGGACAACUUGGGCUUCAGGCCAGACAAGCUGCAGGAGGUGGUCAUCGAGGUGCUCAACCCCGUUACCUGCAAACGCGCCGACUACUUCGGCAGGAAGUUCACCGCUAACAUGAUCUGUGCACAUAAAGUGUGCGACAACAGCUGCGGUCAGAGUUCUGGCAUCCAGGACAGCUGCGACGGUGACUCCGGAGGUCCGCUGCUCUACAACGGCGUCGCGGUCGGCAUCACCUCCAACGGCGGGAAAAAGUGCGGCCAAAGAAAAAAGCCUGGGAUUUACACCGUCAUCUCCCACUACACGCAGUGGAUCGACGGAACCAUGGGGGUCCAGGUGGCUCCRGAACCAGACCAGGAGACCAAACCUUAAAGUGUCCGUGACGUUAAAUUUUUUUUUAAUAAAUAUGAACACAUUUUUGGAAAGAUAACAUCGAUAACAUGUCGCAAGACAAACUUCAAGCCGCUGAGAUGAACAGUUGUUGAGAUAUUCACGUGUGAAGAAACAGGAAGUGAUGUCAGAGGGGAACGUCUGCAU